CAGGAACUCUUUACAGACUCCUCCAUCUUCAUCAGUUUCGAAUCCAGUAAGAACUAUGGUCUCAAGCGAGGAGGCGGAUGAGAGGGAAUUCAGGUUUAUGAUCAACCAACCCGAACUUUCUCGUGUACGGGAGAUUUUCUCCUCUGCUAUUGCAGAAGUGGAAAAGUGUAAAGCCGCAGUGAACGAGAUUAAAGCUUUGCAAGUUAUUUAUGACCAGCCUCCCUGGUCUAGGCAUCUCAACAUUCUUAUCAGGGUGCGACGGAUUGAGUUGAACUUUCAGCAUGGAGAUAGGGGUAAGACCGCUGCAGCUGCCUUUAAGAAUGCCCUUGUCAAUCUGCCCAAGGAACUCUGCGAUCAGAGGUUCCCCAUCGAAGUGAAGCAACUCCUUAAGGUGCAKGAGUUGGAAACAUCCAGAUUGGGUAUCRACAGGAUCAAUCAGGAAUGGGACGCGCACGAGGUCAAGGCAGCUUCCUCCAGAGGGAGGGGGACCGAGUUCCAAGCAACCAGACAUUUCACGCAGACGAACUACUGCAAGGAUGUCAGCGACGAGGCUUUGUACGAGAUCGCGCGACGUUGUCAGCAGAAGUUCGAGAGCGAUCAGAUGGAGAGGGUUGCGAGGUACGCGGCGGAGCGGGGACUCGAUGUGCCAGGCUCAGGUGGUGUGAGGGGAGGAGAGGCGGGACGACGCCGCGUGGAGGGAGCGUCAGGAGGGGUUGGGGGAGAUGGUGGAGGUGGAUACACGACGAAGGAGGCGAUCGACGUUGAUCGCGAGGCGCGUGUCCCGGGCGAGGAGGUAGUCUCGAGACACGAGGACGUGCCUGAGUUUCGUCCAGGCAGAGAGGAGAGGAUGGAGGACUAUUUGAGGCGGGCUUCCAAGGGACCUGUAGGGGAAGGUUCUUCGAAGAAAAAGGAAGGUGGAGCAGAUCCGGCCGCCGCCCCAGCUGGGAAGAGGCUUUGCCAGCAGAAGGUGACUGACGUCUGCGGUGGCGAGUGGGUUGCUCGCCACAAGAAGGCGUUCCUUCGCUGGCUCUAUUCCAGCGGGGUCCCCUUCAAUGCCUUCCGCAACCAGGCGUGGAAGGCAUACCAGCAAAUGCUUCUUGAGCAGCCUGGGAGUUCCCCGCUCGCUGUGCUCCCCAGCCACAGCGAGAUUGCGAGUAUGCGGGCGGUAGAGACCCACCGCGAGGAGCUGGCGGAGGAAUUGAAGGAGGUGAGGCAGCCAUCUUGGAUCACUGGUGCCACCCUCCUCUCCGACGGGAGGAAAUCACGAGACGGGAGACCGAUUGUGAAUUUCCUUGCCCCCGGCUCGCGAGGGGUCGUCGUGUACACGACGAUCAAUCGCGAGGGCGAGCCGGACGAUGCAGUGCACGUUGUUCGGAGAUGGGUGACCAUCUUCCACGAGUUUAGUUUCGACGGCCCGCAGCGGGUCAAUGCCAUAUGCACAGACUCCGCUUCGGCGUACGCGGGGGCUGCGAGGGCAUUGGCCUCGUUGACCAUGCCUCCUGCACUCAGGAGGAUCACAUGGCUUCUGUGUUCCGUCCAUGUCUGCAACAAAUUGUUGUCAGACAUGGGGACUAGUUGCGACAGGUUUGUCGAUGCUAUUACACGCGCUCAUGUGUUGGUGGUGUUUUUCAAAACCCACCAGGCCGCCCUGCAUUUCUUUAGGAAGCACAGCCCCAACAAGGGGCUUGUGCCUUCUUGUGAGACGCGGUUUGCGUCAGUUUACUGUAUGUUGGAGAGAUUGUUGGGCCUGCAGGACACAUUGCAGGCGAUGAUGCGAGGGGAUCAAGGGCGGGAGUUUGCUUCUAUCUCGCGGUCUACCGAUGUUGUGGACAUGGCGCGUUGGGUGCGCCGACAGAUCAGAUGGGAGCCUUGGUGGCAGACGAUGGCCACCAUACUCCACAUCAUGCAGCCCGUCAUGGAGCUGCUCAGGCGGAUGAAUCGUGGGGGACAGUACAUGUCCCUCAUGAUUGAGUGGACACAGGAUCUUGUCGUGCGUGUGACUGAUGCAUGCGCUCCUUUGGGGAGGGUCUUCGCAGACCGCAUCGUCAGGCGUGUACAGGUUCGCACACAGCACAUGCUGGAGCCUGCUCACUGCGCGGGGUUCUUACUGAACCCCCGCAGGCGACAUGUACAGUACUUUUCUGGCGAGCAGUGGGACGAGGGCAUGCUAGACUGCCAGGCCGGACUGGAGUUGGAGCCAGUGUGCACGGGCACGCGCAGAGGGAUGACGCCAGAGGAUAUUGCCCGUCUGGUUGCGCUUAUCACGUGGGAUCCCAUCGGGACCAGCGCACCGCCCGCCUCUGAGGCCGUAUUCGCGAAACGUGCUUCCAUUUUUCGUCCUUACCCCAGGGACAAUGAUUUCGACGAGGAGCCGAUACCCGAGGCAGCAGACCACCCCGCGCUCCGCAUUGCCCGUGAGAUCGACGAGACGCACGAGGAUCCCGAGGAGGAGGAGACCAGGGCGCAUACUGCACGACGGGAGGCAGACCGGGCGGAGAAGGAGAUGAUGGGGGGAGAGGAGGAGUUGUGGGGACUGUUCGGGGAGGUCGCUUCCACGGGCGGCACCGGAGCGCGGGCGACAAGUCCCGCUCGGACGAGGCGGGAGUCGUCCAUGCCGCCCCCUUCUGCUCGGAGUCCAUUACCGCCAUCGCCCGUUGCGCCAUUGUCGCCACAUCAGCCGACCACAGCAGCAGAGGCCACGAAGGAGUUGGCGUCCUCUUUGCCUCCGCACGGAUUACUCCAUAGAGGCGGGGCAGUCCGACAGUUGAGGUUACGAUCACCUUCUCCGGGGGUCUUGGAGGAGGAGGGGGGACCGUCGGCAGCAACAGUGGAGGGGGAGAUGGAAGUGGAGGGGGGAUUGGCGAACACGACGAUUGCAGACGUGGUGGACGAGGCAGCCGUUGCAGCAGCGGCUUCAUUGGUAGAGGAGAUGGAAACUUCAGUGAUGGCGAAGGACGCACCACCGCCAGGGGGAGCGGGAGGACCAGCGGGAGGAGCAGCUGGAGUGGCUGGAGGAGCAGGUGCAGUGGAGGGGGGAGUGGCAGGAGAAGUGGAGGAGGAGAUAGGGACACAGGCGGAGGGCGAUGACGAGUGCCUCAUGCAGCAGUUCCUGACGGAGCAGUUCGAUCCGGUCAUGGGGGGCAUGACCCAAGGUGUGGCGAGGGGGUUGGGGAUCUCCGAUUCACAGAUGGGGAACCACCUAGACUUGGAUUUGUCGAUGGGCCUUCCACGUAGUUGCGGCGGGGCGACAUCGACGGAUCGCGCUCCAUCAAGGGACGUCACGGCUGGAGAGAGUCUCGUGCAGCCCCAGAGAGAGACGACGACGGAGUCUCCAGAUGCGGCACGCGACAUCAUGGAGCGAGAGAGGGCUCGUCUUAUGGCAUCGACUAACCCGCGUGCUCAGGCGUUCGCACGGGCGUUGGAGGAGGCGAGGCGUCGAGAGACAGAGGGGGGUUGUGUGGAGGGUGGGGUCACUGGGGUGGUUGUGAGAGAGGAUAAUGUGGAGAAGCAGGUGGAUGAGCAGCGGGAGGAGCAGGUGGAGGAGCAGCGGGAGAAGCAGGUGGCAACAUCAGCAGGGGGGCGGGGUGUGCGGGGUGGGGUGGUGGCGGGGGAGGACGUUGUGGAGAGAGUGGUAGCACCGCCGGAUGUUGAGGCUGUGCAGGGACGACGGCGAGACGAGGGUGCGGGGGAGGCACGAUGUAUGGUCCAGGAUACAGCCAUGAGUCCAGUCGUUCCAUUCUCCGGUCUGCACAUGGUGGAGGGCCGACAUUCGCAGCCGGUGCCGGUGGCAGUCCAUGGUGUGUCGCCGCCCGUUAUCAUUGAUUUGGGGUCUGAGCCGGUGGUUGCGUCACCGCAUCUUCCUAGUCACUUCGCUCCGCAGGAGGUCCGUCGUCCUUUGGAUACAGACGAGCUGGCGAGAGACGCUGUCCGCGAUGUGACUCGCUUGGACCGGCGGAUAUUUUACCAGAGGCUCGAGCAUCCACCAUGGCAGACGAUCCCUCCAGUUCCAUGGGGUCCUGCAUUGCCGGCGUGGUCUGGGUCUACCUCCACCGGUGCACGUAUGGCGGGAGAUGUUCCAGGGGUUUCAGGCGGGGUCGUGGAGACGGCGCGACGUACACGAGACAUGCCACCCCCUCCUCCUAGACCACCUGUAGGUGAUCCGUUAUCGUCGCCCACAGGCAGAGGCUUUCGAUCUCCACACACGCUUGGGAGGUUUAGGAUUCGGGACACUACAGCGGUUGUGGGGGAUGAGGAUCACAUGGGGUUGUUUGGGAGGACAAACAUAGAUUUGGAUUCCACCCGCCGUGUCACGGAGCACACCGCACGUCUACAACCGGGUUUUGGACCCUGCGGUGGCAGGACGACCGCAGCAAGGGAGGUGGCAGCAUCAGGUUGUGAGCCUCAGCGAGGUCGUGGCAGAGGAUUGUCCGCCGAGAGCUUGGAGCACGCUCUGAAAGCAGCGACGCGUGCCGUACAUGACCAGGCUCCGCGCAAGCGCGGUGUGCCUCCUCGUCCACGCCCCGUGCCCGCACAGACUGUUGCAGAGGCGAGUGCGAGGGUUGUUGUGUUGCGGAAGGGAGGAGGCCCUGUCACCGUCGAGGAGAAUGAUCCUGACACAGAUGUCCCAGUGCGGGAGGAGGAGGAGGACUAUGAGGGCGAGGACCAGGGAGAGGAGGACAGCGAGGGCGGUUCCGAUGGGCAAGAUUCGGCCAAGUAUAAAUACAAAUACAAGAGUCCAGCCAAAAGGUCCCGCCAGAGGAGGAGUGACAGUGAAUCGUCUGAUGACAAGAAGGAAUGGAGCCGGAAGGGGAAAUCUCCAUAGCAAUCCAGGCAUUGAAUGUUUUUCCCUCUCCAUAUCAGCUCUCUGCAGCUAUUGCAUCCUUGGAG